AUGCAGAUCUUCGUGAAGACCCUUACGGGUAAGACCAUUACCCUCGAGGUCGAGCCCUCGGACUCGAUCGAGAACGUCAAGGCUAAGAUCCAGGACAAGGAGGGUAUUCCCCCGGAUCAACAGCGUCUUAUCUUCGCUGGCAAGCAGCUCGAGGAUGGCCGCACUUUGAGCGACUACAACAUCCAGAAGGAGUCGACCCUUCAUCUUGUGCUGCGCCUCCGUGGUGGCGGCAAGAAGCGCAAGAAGAAAAACUACACCACUCCCAAGAAGAUCAAGCACAAGCACAAAAACGUGAAGCUCGCUGCCCUGAAGUUCUUCAAGGUCGAUGCUAACGGCAAGGUGACCCGUCUCCGUCGGGAGUGCCCCGCGGAGGAGUGCGGCGCUGGCGUCUUCAUGGCCAACCAUUUCGACCGUCAGUACUGCGGCAAGUGCGGCCUCACCUAUUUCGCCGACGACCAGAAGAAGUAAAUUUGAGGUUUUCUGUGCCCUUAAAUUUCAAACCCCAAAAAAG